AUGGAUGAAUACAUUUAUGUUGAUUGUUUCCACGGGAACAUGCUAUUCAAAGUUACACUCGCUACAACGGAUUUACCAGAGGAGACAGAAGCACCAGGAGCGACUGAGGGGCCAGAGGAGACAGAAGCACCAGAAGUGACUGAGGGGCCAGAGGAGACCGAAGCACCAGGAGCGACUGAGGGGCCAGAGGAGACUGAAGCACCAGGAGUGACUGAGGGGCCAGAGGAGACGGAAUCACCAGGGGCCACUGAGGGGCCAGAGGAGACUGAAGCACCAGAAGUGACUGAGGGGCCAGAGGAGACUGAAGCACCAGAACCAACAGAAGGACCAGAGGAGACAGAAGCACCAGGGGCGACUGAGGGGCCAGAGGAGACUGAAGCACCAGAAGUUACUGAGGGGCCAGAGGAGACCGAAGCACCAGGAGCGACUGAGGGGCCAGAGGAGACUGAAGCACCAGAACCAACAGAAGGACCAGAGGAGACAGAAGCACCAGGGGCGACUGAGGGGCCAGAGGAGACUGAAGCACCUGGAGCAACUGAAGGACCAGAGGAGACAGAGGCACCAGGAGCUACUGAGGGACCAGAGGAGACUGAAGCACCAGAACCAACAGAAGGACCAGAGGAGACAGAAGCACCUGAAGUGGAAGAGGGAGGGGAAGAAAAUGAGUUCAGGUGCGACAGAUAUAUGCAUCCUUUUAUCACACCAAUGAAAGCUAGCUCCUUGCUGUCCAUAGCUUUCUCUUAA